AUGGAAGGAAACCUCAAUUAUGAGGUACGGACAAAAAAAGUGCCCAGAAAGCGACGCUGGUACACCCGCCUGUGGCAUUGUUGUCUGUGCUGUAGUUGCAGGAAACCUCCGGAAGAGAACAAAUUUGUUCUGUAUAGGAUUGGAUAUGACCCAAUAGGUCCACUGCAACAAGCAGCUGGUGUUGGGGACCUGGAUACACUGCAGAGAUUAAUCCACUCCAAUGAACACCAUGUGGAUGAGUGUGAUAGAAGAAACAGGACAUCCAUACACUAUGCAUGUGCCCACAACCAUCCUGAAGCAGUGAUACUGUUACUAGAAAACGAAUCCAAUAUUAACAUCCAGGAUGAUGAAGGCAGCACACCCCUGAUCAAGGCCACCCAGCAAGAAAAUGUGGAUUGUGUUUCUGUAUUGCUGGCCCACGAUGCUGAUGCAAACCUGAUAGAUGCCACUGGGAAUACAGCUUUCCACCACGCUGUAUCCAGGGGUAACAUACCAAUUGCACAAAUGCUCCUUGAGCACGACGUAGAUUUUGAAGCCAAAAAUCGGUUUGGCAUAACGCCCAUCGAACUUGCAGAUUUUAAUAAUAAACGUGAAAUGGUACAAUUUUUAGAAACAUAUUAUGAAAAUGCAUGA